AUGCCCCUAUUCUCCAUAAGAAUAUCUGGAUCAUCUUGGAGUAAUAAUAAUAAAGUGUUAACAGGGGCCAAGGGUCUGGGGGUACCGGAGUCAACAGUAGGUACAAAGCCAAAAGACGAAGAGUUGCGUCAGCUGGUCACUAAAAAGUCGGAGACCGGAGAAAUGCACAGGAAGAAUCCUACUAUUUCACAACUACUGGUAGCGGAUGAUGUUGAAUCGAUAACUUCAUCAAAUUAUAAUCCCAGCGACCCAACCGUCGUCGUCGCCCAUGGCUAUUUAGGAAACGCGAAUACAAAUCUCAAUGUGGUUAUAAGAAACGGCCUAGAUCCGUUUAGUCCCAUUUGGCAGUUCAAUAGCAACCGCCUGAGUAACGCCGAUGGUGUAUACGUCGAAGUUAUCCACACCAAUGGUGCCGGCAACGGUGUCACCAGUCCUAUGGGAGACGCUGACUUCUACCCAAAUGGUGGUAACUCGCAACCAGGUUGCAUCACGAGCAUUUGCAACCACAACCGUUCAUGGGAACUCUUCGCUGCCACAGUCGAACACAACCACCUGGUCGGGACCGAAUGCUCAUCAUCCAAUGACGUAGCGGCCAACAACUGCCGAGGCAAGCAAUUUAACAUGGGCAAUGCAGACUUAAAAAAAUCCGGGAACGGUCUAUAUCGUCUGAACACUCUGGCCAGAUAUCCAUAU